UUAUGAAUCCAGCUUAAAGUAUCGCCUAACAAUUCCUACAAUAAUACUAUUAGACAUUGAUGACCAAUAAAAUGGCUUUGAUUUAAUUUUACACUGAUGCAUCAAUUAUGACAUAUGGUAAUUAUAUUUACAAUCUUUUAGGCGGAGAACAAUACAAUGGAUUAAAAGCAAUUAAUGAAAAAUUAGAAUCAUUAGCAUUCUAAUAGAUUGUAUAUAAGGUUGACGACAUGGAUGUUUAACCAGGAGCAGUUUAGAAUUCUCUUUUCCUCUUUGUUACAGGGACAUUGCAAAUGGAUGGCUCAGAUACAUUUAAAUUCUCUCAGAGUUUUCAGAUCCUUCCAAAUGGUUAAGGAGGAUUAUACGUACAUAAUGAUAUUUUCAGAUUGGUUUAUUGAAAUAUUAAUAAUAAAAUUAUU